GCAAGAGAAGGCAUUGAAUUUUUAUUUUCUUUUCUUUCUUUUCUUCUCUCUCGUUUCUCCAUCUUCGUCUUCUUCAACGGAAGUUCUUGUUGUUGUUGCUGCGGGGAAAACGAUGGUGGAUUGCACGAACUCGCAGACCAUGAAUCGUUUGAGCUUUCGUCGCUAUUGAAAGGGUUUGAAUCGAUCACACAGCUUGGGCUGCUGCUCAACGAGGAUGAUGAGUCGCGAUUCUUGCGUUUGAGGCAAGAUUGGGUUUCGAUAUGUAAACCCAUGUGAUCUAAUUGUAAUUGGAGGAUGAGAUUGUAUUACUGGUGGAGUGAUAAAAAGCUAACCUUGGUUAUGUUAAGGACACUGAGGAGGUUGGGUUUGAUUUGGAUCCGAGGAAGGUAUGCUCACAGAUAGGACUCUGCGGUUUUGACGGUUCACAUAGUGUGAGUAUGGGGAUAAAGUCAGUUGUAGAAGAUGGAGUCUCAGGUCUUCUAAACGAAGCCAUGUGGAGCGCCUGUGAAAUGUCAUCUGUGUGGAUGCAGAGUGAGUUGUCUCAGAAUCAAACACAAGAACGCAUACUCGCUUAUGCUGCUGAGGAUUAGGCUUGUGAAGAUGGCAUCAAAGUAUCGUUAUCGUAUUACGACAUGAGGACAUAGUGCGGAGAAGACGAAACGGCAUUGUAUUAAGAGUAACCGUCGUUGAGAUCCUCGGAGAGAAGAGAAAAUCCCCCAAUCAACAACUCAUCUUCUUCCUCACUGGUGCCGCGUCUCUAUUGCACAAACACAAAGGUACGGUGAGCCUCCCAAUAUAUUUGCCUAUUGAUUUAGAUUUAGUGAGAACUCGAUCAUGUACCAUGACUUAAGGAGCUUUGCAAUCUUGGUUUUGCCUUCAUGUGUGGCUUCUCUCAAUAAUCUAACUAUCUUUCCAUUUCUUAAAAUUUUUUUUCUAAGAAACCCAAAUUAAGAAACUACCAUUGUAGCACAAAAAUUAAAUGAUUCUUAACUAAAGUCCUUAGCUAAAAUUUAAUAAUUAAAUAGUCAUUAAAGUGUACUUAAGAAACUUUAUGGGUUUCUAGGGAUAAUCAUGCUCUUAGCUUAAUAUAAAAUACAGUCUCUUAGCUUUUAACUAAAAAUACUAAGAGACGGCUCUUAAAUAAGAAAUAUAAGAGACGUCUCUUAGAUUUUUUAGUUAAAAGGUAAGAGACUAUAUCUUAUAUUACGCUAAAAAUUCCAACCUAACAGACCUGCAAUAAACAUGCGGAGAAAAUUUAUAUGAAAUGUUUUUUUUGUUUUAAAAAUAUCGUAUCCCUUCUAUUUUAUCGGUUUCUUAUUCAUAUAAGGCUUCUGAUAUUACAGGAACAACCCUAAGUAUCACUUAAUUACUGUUGAUUAUUGUUAAAUCAAGCCGCAUGCAGAAUUUUAAACAUCUCAUCUAAGCAAACUGCACAGUCUCCAAAAGUUAUUACUUACUUCAUUUUACAGGUAUAUGAUUAUAUCUAUCUAUAUAUGUUAUCGUCAAUCAAGCCACCACACCUUCUAAUUAGGAGAAUACGCCAUAUUUAUCCUGCGUUGACCAAUUUUAAGCUAUUUUCAUAGUCUCGGAAGUUAAAUUAACAGAGCUUUUUUUAACUAGAUAUUCUCAGCCAUUCAUCCACCAUAAUUCUCUCCCUCCAUGCAAAAUCCAUGCAACGUCCCUAAUUUUAGAAACCAAAAGGCUUCUAUAAAAACCUCCUCAUCCCUCACAAUAUACACUGGCCCAAGUCAUUAAACAACUUGGCUUUUCUCUAAUAAAGCCCCUCCCUCUCCGAUUAACCUCUAAACAAAACCGGAGGGAGCAAAAAAUAAAAAAAAAUCAGAAAUACACAAAAAUUAAAAAAUGAUUGGAAAAGUUGUUGUCUCUGUGGCCUCCGUCCUUCUAUUGGUCGGAGUAGCCAUUGGAGUCGUUGCCAUCGUUAAUAAAAGCGGCAACACUAAUUUGUCUCCACAGAUGAAAGCUGUUCAAGGCAUUUGCCAAGCCACUGCUGACAAAGCCUCAUGUGUUAAAACUCUCGAGCCCGUCAAGAGCGAUGACCCAAACAAACUAAUCAAGGCCUUCAUGCUCGCUACACAAGAUGCACUAACCAAAUCAUCAAACUUCACCGAUAAAGCCGAAGGCAACAUGGGUUCGAGCAUCUCCCCAAACAACAAAGCCGUUCUUGAUUACUGCAGGAAAGUUUUCAUGUACGCGCUUGAGGAUCUCGGUACCAUUCUUGAGGAAAUGGGUGAAGAUCUUAACACGAUCGGUAACAAAUUCGACCAGCUUAAGCAAUGGUUAACCGGUGUUUACAAUUACCAAACCGAUUGUCUUGACGAUAUUCAAGAAGAUGAUUUGAGAAAGACUAUUGCUGAAGGCAUUUCUAGCUCCAAGAUUCUUACUGGUAAUGCCAUCGACAUCUUCCACACAGUUGUUAGCGCCAUGGCCAAGAUUGACGCUAAAGUCGAUGAUUUCAAGAACAUGACAAGUGGAAUCUUCACUCCUUCAGCUCCGGCCAACAAAGAAGCCGCUCCUGUCGUUGACACUCCCGUGGCCGACCCUGACGGUCCUUCUCGUCGUCUUCUUGAAGACCUUGACGACCUUGGAGUCCCAACAUGGGUUUCAGGUGCAGACAGGAAGCUCAUGGCUAACGCUGGACGUGGCCGAAGAGGAGGCGGUGGAGCUCCUAGAAUCAGAGCAACCUAUGUGGUGGCUAAGGAUGGAAGCGGACAGUUUAAGUCAAUUCAACAAGCUGUUAACGCUUGUCCCGACAAAAACGCUGGAAGAUGCAUCAUCCACAUUAAGGCUGGUAUCUACAGAGAGCAAGUUAUCAUCCCUAAGAAGAAGAACAACAUCUUCAUGUUCGGAGAUGGUGCAAGAAAGACCGUUAUUACUUACAACAGAAGUGUUGGUCUCAGUUCUGGAACCACCACUUCUACUAGUGGCACAGUCCAGGUUGAAUCUGAAGGAUUCAUGGCUAAAUGGAUCGGAUUCAAGAACACAGCCGGUCCAAAUGGGCACCAAGCUGUUGCUAUCAGAGUCAACGGCGACCGUGCCGUGAUCUUCAACUGCAGAUUCGACGGUUACCAAGACACACUAUACGUCAACAACGGUCGUCAAUUCUACAGAAACUGCGUCGUUUCAGGAACAGUCGACUUCAUCUUCGGCAAAUCCGCCACCGUUAUCCAAAACUCACUCAUCGUCAUCCGCAAAGGAAACAAGGGACAAUACAACACCGUCACAGCCGACGGUAACGAAAAGGGUCUAUCCAUGAAAAUCGGUAUCGUCAUCCAAAACUGCCGCAUCGUUCCCGACAAGAAGCUAGCGCCGGAGAGGCUGACCGUUGAGUCGUACUUGGGAAGGCCGUGGAAGCAGUACUCCACCACCGUGGUGAUCAACACCGAGAUCGGAGAUGUGAUUAGACCAGAAGGUUGGAGACUGUGGGACGGAGAGAGCUUCCACAAGACAUGUAGGUACGUUGAGUACAACAACCGUGGACCAGGAGCUAACACUAACAGGAGAGUUAACUGGGCUAAGGUCGCUAGGUCUGCUGGUGAGAUUAAUCAGUUCACCGUGGCUAACUGGUUAGCUCCGGUUAACUGGAUCCAAGAAGCUAACGUGCCAGUCACGCUUGGAUUAUAAAGCGUAUAAAAAUCAUUUAAAUAAAAGAAAAAGACUAGUACGUGUGCAUGUGCAUGUAAAAGGUGAAAAAUGCAACGUUUAUUUUCAAUAGAAGUUGUAAGAUUCGCUUUUUCUUUGUCUCACGUACGAAAAAAACUGAAAAUUUAUAUGUUGUUUGUUUUUUUAUUUGUAUAUUUUUUUCAAAAUAUGAAAUUUAUCUACUGUGUUGUAUGUAUCAUCUAUGUAUAAUAGUUAACUAAAAAU